AUGGCUGCCCCGGCGACAAGCGGCGACCAGCUCCAGCCGCUGAACCCGGCCAAACACAAGCUGGUCGAGCAAGUCGUCAGAACCCCUGGUAGACAGCCAUCUCCUCAACCUACAAUGCUCGGCGUUCCUGGAGCGUCUCAGUCAAAUCAAUCGCUCCACCGGAUUCUGUCCGACCACAGCUCGGGCUAUGUAGCUCCCAAAUUCGAGGGCAAGCAGGCCCAGAUGGGACAAGUUAUGGACCUCAUCGAAGAGAACGGCUUCCUUCCUACCGAAUUUGUCGCCUCGGAGACCGAAUGGUUCUAUAAUGCCCUCGGUAUCGACGACAUGUACUUUUCCACCGAGCGGGCCGAAGCAGUCGCUGCAAACAUUCUUUCUCUCUACGCAGCCAAACUCGCCGCCUACGCCCGCGAUGACAAGAAAUUGGAGAUUCGACUGGCAAAAGAGGCGGCCGAUCACGCAGUCUACAUCGACACCAGCACUCCUGGAAUUAGCGUCAUUGACGGGCCGAGAUAUGAACAGCGCAUGGACGAGAAAUACAUCGACGGCUCUGUUCCCGGCCGCAGCUACAGAAUCGAGUCGUUCAGAUCCACGAACGCUCUACCCGAGAAUCCCGGCCACUCUCUACGUUGCUACUUCGUUUACGAAUGUCGCUUCAAUAACCCAGACCCCAGUCCGCUCGAGACUGAUCUGGAAGUCAUUGGCGAGAAGACUUUCUUGCAAAAGGCCACCUCAAACACAAAGGCCGUGUAUCAAGAGAUCAUAAACUAUGCGGUCCAGAGGACCGGUCCCGUCAUCGAGAUGUUUGAGAUGGAGGGCACCCGCGAGAAGCGUCUCGUCAUCGCCUACCAACAAGGUUCGGCAUUGGGGGUCUUUAGUGCUCUGUCAGAUCUGUACCACUACUAUGGCGUCACGAGCUCACGGAAAUACGUCGAGCAGUUCUCCAAUGGCAUUACUGUCAUCUCCCUGUAUCUUAAACCAGCUUCAAGCGACAUUGCCAAGCACAGAAAUCCCCCUAUCGAAGCAGCGAUCCACCAAAUCAUCAAAGAGGUGUCGCUUCUGUUCUGUAUCCCCCAGAACAAACUCCAGGGCCAAUUUGCUAGCGGCAACCUCAGUCUGCAAGAAUCAAUCUACGCCCACUGCGUCCAUAUCUUCGUGCAGCAGUUCCUCAAUCGCUUGGGUUCCGAGUAUACUUCCCUAGUGGCCGCACUGAAGGGGGAUACCAAUGCCAACGCUGAGCUCUUAUCCAAGAUCAAGAAGAGGCUCAGAACCGAGACUUUCACCUCAGAUUACAUCCUCGAGAUCAUCAACCGUUAUCCUGAGCUCAUCAGAUCCCUCUAUCUUUCCUUUGCCAAUACCCACUACGUCCAAACACGGGGUGAACAGGAUGAUUUCAUUCCCACGCUGAGUUAUCUGCGCUUGAGUGUGGAUAAAGUUCUCGAUGACAACAGCUUGUCUGAGAUCAUUUCAAAGACGGUGGGCAACCAACAUGAUGAAAUGGUCAUGCAAUACUUCUUGACCUUCAAUAAAGCUGUCCUCAAGACCAACUUCUAUACUCCUACCAAAGUUGCCCUCAGCUUCAGGCUCAAGCCCAGUCCAGAGUUCCUUCCUGAACAUGAAUAUCCUCAGCCAUUGUAUGGGAUGUUCUUGGUAAUUGGCUCCGAGUUCCGAGGUUUCCAUCUUCGCUUCCGAGAUAUUGCACGUGGCGGUAUCCGGAUUGUCAAGUCCCGAAAUAGGGAAUUGUACAACAUCAAUGCCAGAACACAGUUCGAUGAGAACUACAAUCUCGCCAAUACUCAGCAGAGGAAGAACAAAGACAUUCCUGAAGGUGGAUCCAAAGGCGUCAUUCUCCUUGAUUAUAAUCACCAGGCCAAGGCUCGCGGCGCAUUUGAGAAAUACAUUGAUAGUAUCAUGGACCUCCUUCUGCCUCCCACGAGUCCUGGCAUCAAAGAUCCAAUCGUCGACUUACACGGCAAGCCGGAGAUUCUCUUCAUGGGCCCCGACGAGAACACCGCAGAUCUGGUAGACUGGGCCACGGAGCAUGCUCGUGCUCGAGGUGCACCCUGGUGGAAGUCGUUCUUCACGGGAAAGAGUCCCAAGCUCGGUGGUAUUCCUCACGAUGCAUAUGGAAUGACUACACUUUCUGUUCGAGAAUAUGUCAACGGAAUCUAUCGAAAGUUGAAUCUUGAUCCCAACAAGAUCAGGAAGUUGCAGACCGGUGGACCUGAUGGUGACCUGGGAUCGAAUGAGAUCUUGCUCAGCAACGAGAAAUACGUUGCCAUCGUCGACGGUGCUGGCGUCUUGGUUGACCCGGAAGGUCUUGACAAGACGGAGCUCCUACGACUGGCCAAGAAUCGUGUCAUGAUCCACGAGUACGACAUCUCCAAGCUUUCAAAGAACGGCUACCGUGUCUUGGUUGAAGAUUCCAACAUCACGUUACCAUCGGGCGAAAAGGUCAACAACGGAAUGACCUUCCGAAACACUUUCCAUCUGCGCGACGGAACUCAGUAUGACAUGUUCGUGCCUUGCGGUGGUCGCCCUGAGUCGAUCGAUCUAUCGUCGGCCAACAAACUGAUUGUCGAUGGCAAAGCGACAAUCCCGUACAUUGUCGAGGGGGCCAAUCUGUUCAUUACAUCCGAUGCCAAACUUCGCCUGGAGAAGGCGGGAUGUAUCGUGUACAAGGACGCCUCGGCCAACAAGGGAGGAGUGACAUCUUCAUCGCUCGAAGUCCUCGCCAGCUUGUCAUUCGACGAUGAAAGCUUCAUCAAGAACAUGUGCGUGGGCACCGAUGGAACCGUCCCAGCCUUCUACCAAUCCUACGUCAAAGAAGUCCAAGAGACCAUCCAACGCAACGCCCGUCUCGAGUUCGAGGCUAUAUGGCGCGAGAAUGAGAACACCGGGGUUCCCCGCUCUACCCUCUCAGAUCGGCUCUCCCUCGCCAUCACCAAGCUGGACGAGGAGCUACAGAACUUUGGCGAGUUGUGGGACAACAAGCCCCUGCGCGUGGCGGUCUUCAAGGAGGCGCUGCCAAGAACGCUGCAGGCGACAGUUGGGCUGGACAAGAUCCUCGAGCGCGUGCCGGAGAAUUACCUAAAGGCGAUUUUUGGUAGUUAUAUGGCCAGUCGCUUUGUUUAUGAGUAUGGUGCCACCCCGAGUCAGUUUGCUUUCUUUGAUUUUAUGCGGAAGCGCAUGGCGGGGACUAUGGUUAAUGGGGAGUAG